AUGUCCGACAACGGCAGCAACAUCUCGAGGCGAUCUUCCUCUCAGACCUCUCACGCUUCCACCGAAUUGAAAAGGCCCAAGACACUCCGAGGGGUCCCCAAGCGCCAUAGUUCGAAGAAUUCAUCCCAAUCGAUUGAAGAAGACGAUCCGGCCUUGACCUCCUUCCCUUCCUUCUCUCCAGAACCCGACACGAAAGUAUCCUCCAUUACUCAAGAGACACUGUCGAAACCUGCGCGGACAAUAUCCCAGAAAGCUCGGGACAGAAAGGCGACUCUUGCCGGGUUGACAAGUGCUUCUCCGUCUUUCAACAGACAGAAUGCCUUGUUUGACGAUUCUCCACGAUCUUCCCUGGAUAUUCCUGGCUCAUUACACCUGGCAAGUGACGAACACAUCGAGAGACUCAUAAGCAGAACAGGGGCAGUCAAGUUGGUUCGACAAUAUGCCUCCGAUCUGGCGCAGAGAGACGCCGAGAUCUCCGCUCUCCGCAUCCGGGCCGACACCAGAGAGAGGGAAUUGAAGAGACUGUUACGUGAAGCGGGGGUGUCAACGGCCGAAGUGGAAAAGAGACUGCUCUGGUUAGAACAGGGGUCGGACAAUUUAGAUCCUCGAGCUUUUCCGGGCUCGACGGAUCGGACAGCAUCUGCCACCUCUCUAGAUGGCAUGAUGAGUGAGGCGAUGGCAGAUGGGAUCAUGGUGUCCAGUCCCGUUGAUGGAGCGUACCGUGGCGACAUGGCCUCAGGUCUUCGAAGUCCAACUACCGCGGUGCAAGCAGAGUUACAAGGCCAUCGUAGCAGGUCGGGAUCGGCAAUAUCGGCACAGGCAAAAGCUAGCCGAACUCCAAGCAGGGCAAACAGCAUCGUCAGCGAAAGCAGUCAAGACAUGGAUGCGACAUUACGCCCCCGAGUUGCUAACUCAAAUUCUGGCAAGAUGUCUGGGCUGCAAAGCAUAUUUCAACCUCCACCUCAGUCCUCGGGCUACCUCGUUGGCGGCAAAUCCAUCCGGAAGCCCAAACUGGGUGAUGAAGCUAGUGUGCGGUCGAAUCAAUCAGCUCGAUCGUUUGCCUCUUGGACACAGAUCUUCAGUGGGAAAUCCCAGAAUCGAUCAAGGGCAUCGUCACUUGGACAAGACCCCAACAAUAAAGGAGAGGCACUUGAAGCAGAGCCGUCAAACGCAAACCUGUCGAAGAUACGAACAAACCCGUCUCAGCCUGCGACAAAGUCCACUGCAUCACUACCUUCCAACGGGAACGCAAAAACCAGACCUCCUGCAAAGCGUGCACCAACCACAAGCCGACUUUCUGCCAGUCCGAAUCAUGCUCGAAAAGAGUCAAAUGCGAGCAACCUUCCUCCAACGGUGGAGUUGGAUUCCAUGAUCGAAAGCUCUCAGUUACCACCGACGAUGACCAAUCACAAUAGCGACAGCAAUGGAUUAUUAACUGAUAGAUUUGGGUUCAUCUACGACCAAAGAUCUCGGAAGAGACAGAAUUGGCAAGUUCAACAACACAAGCGGAACAAAAUGAGUGGUGCAGAGACCCUUGCCAGUUUUAGAGCAGGUGAAAGUCCACAAUCUGCCGAUCUUUUCGUCGAAAGACCAUCGACGCCAGCUUCAAUCGACGAAGACGCACCAAAGAAGUCGUGGCAGGACUAUCUGAAGGUUUCCUCCGCCCUCCCCUCGGGAAGACCAAAGGAACUGCUAUCACACACCCCCUCUGCCGGAGCCGUAGUGACGGUCAGCACCGCUGAUGCUACAGGGACAAUAACACCUCAUCGGUCCCGAGAAGUUUCAAUUACCGUUUCAGCGCAGAAGGCGCUUCCCACCACUAGUGUGGUGCCGGAACCGCAAUCCUCAGUCGUGACAGCUACGUCGGCCGACUUUACGGCCGAUUCCGAGACAGAAUCCACGGCCGAAUUUGGUCCUACGAAACUGCUUCUUGAGCAGUUAACGGAUCUGCAUGACGCGCUUCAGGCAGAAAGAGGUGUCCGAUGGAAUGACUUUUUGCGCCGAGUACGAGCAGAGAGAGCCAACAACCCUGAUCGCCCGCCGAAUAAUACACCCGAAGCAGAUCUGCUGGACGGCGAGCUUAUCGGAAUAGCGACCCUCGGUCGCUCGACAAAGACUAAGAAUAAGUAUUUACACUUCAAAUCACUGGUGUUGGCUGGCAUUCCGGUUUCACUUCGACCAAAAAUCUGGGCCGAAUGCUCCGGGGCCAGUGGUCUGCGAAAUCCCGGAUAUUACGAAGACCUCGUGGCUCGGUCCGAAGAAGGCACAGAUAUUGACCCGGAUAUCGCAAGUCAAAUCAAAGCAGAUGUUCGUCGAACGCUGACCGAUAAUGUGUUCUUCCGCUCAGGACCCGGUGUCCAGAGACUGGAAGAGUUGCUGAGGGCAUACUCGCUUCACAAUCCUCGCAUUGGAUAUUGUCAAGGAAUGAACCUCAUUACAGCGUCUCUUCUCCUGAUUUGUGCAACAGCAGAAGACUGUUUUUGGCUGCUUGUUGCCAUCAUCGAUGUCAUCCUUCCCAGCCAGUAUUUUAGUUCAACAUUGCUCGUGGCACGGGCCGAUCAGGUGGUCCUCCGCCAAUAUGUUGCAGAGGUAUUACCAAAGUUAAGUGCCAAACUGGACGAACUUGGUGUGGAACUGGAAGCAUGCACGUUCCACUGGUUUCUCUCUCUUUAUGCAGGCGUUUUGACCGGUGGCGAAGCCCUCUACCGGGUUUGGGAUGUAAUUCUAUGCCUCAACAGUUCCGAUGCAGUGCCCCACGCAUUCACCCAGACUCGAAAUUUGACCGUCGACAUGCCAUCCCUGGGUUUGAGCCAACCAUCGACACCUGUAACACCAACGAUGUCGCAAGACCAUCAUGAUGCCGACGAACAUGACGGAACAAGCUCUCCCUUUCUUUUUCAACUUGCCCUGGCGCUCUUGAAGCUCAACGAGACAGCCAUCCUUGCUCUCGAUUCCGCAGCGCAAGUCUACACAUAUAUCAAUCAUAAUAUGACGAAUCAUGCAAUCAGUAUCGAUGCCUUAGUGCAGGCAAGUGAAGCACUAAGGUCAAGAGUUAAGAGGAGUGAAGUCCUAGAGCGACGAAAAGCGGCGAUCAAGGAUCUUGGAGCGUGA